CCGAUGGGUGACACCCAGCAAGUGGAUCAACCGCUCGAACCUGUGGUCAGCAAUUUCCCAGUUGAUACGUUCAUCUAUAAGGCUGAAAGCCAGCAGCCCGAUUUUGUUAAAAAGCAUGGCAAGUACGCUGAUGGAUGCAACGUUUUGAUUGCGAUUCUAGACACUGGAGUAGAUCCAUCAUUACCGUGCCUUGAGAGAACCAGUUUUGGUGCUCGUAAAAUUGUCGAUUGUAUAGACUGCAGUGGUGCUGGAGAUGUAGACACAAGUGUGGUGAAAUCAGCGCAGAACGGUUCAGUUGUAGGGCUGACAGGACGAAAGUUGAAGAUUCCUGAGGAUUGGGUAAAUCCAACUGGAAAGUGGCAUCUUGGUGUUAAACCUAUCUACGAGCUUUAUCCUAAGACACUGCGUAAAACAGUUAAGGAAGACUGGCAGAAGGAGGCUUGGGAUUCAGCUCACCAGUUGGCCAAGGCUGAUGCUCUUCGUCUUCUCUUGGGACACGAGGAGUCAGUGGGAGGUUUCAGUGAUAAUGUGAGAGAUAAGCACGAUCGCGAAAAUCUCGCCUGUCAGGUGGAUUUUUUGAAGUCUAUGGACAAAUUGGAGGAUAAAGGACCUGUCGCGGAUUGUAUUGUUUGGCAUGAUGGAAAUCGGCUGGAAAUUUGUGUACCAAGUGGGGCGCACGGUACUCAUGUAGCUUGUAUCGCUGCCGCUUAUUCUCCUUAUGAUGCAGGGGCGUCAGGACUUGCACCAGGAGCACAAAUAGUUUCCAUGAUGAUCGGAGACAACCGCAUCGAUUCUAUGGAGACGGGAACCGCCCUCAUAAGAGCGUUCAAUCUCUGCGUUGAAAUGAAAGUAGACAUUAUUAAUAUGUCUUUUGGAGAAGGAUCGCACUUUCCUGCUUCAGGGCGCAUAAUAGAAGAAAUUCAGAGGGUGGUGUACCAACACAAUGUGAUUUUUGUCGCAUCGGCAGGAAACAGCGGACCUGCCCUUACAACUGUUGGCUCACCAGGUGGAACUACGCCGGGAGUACUUGGUAUGGAACAGCCUUGUCUCAUUUAUUUAAAUUUUAUAUUUGUGUGCUAA